AUGAUGGCUUCCUCGGUCCAACUCCAAUACCAUCCGAACAACGCGCAGCCGCAGAUGUCGCCUUUGAACCUCCUCGCCACCACCUGCACCAGGAUGUACGACCCCUACCCGCAGGUCUCGCCCACCGCCUCCUGCGGCAGCGACGGCUACGUGCCCCAGGUGCCGCUCGAGCCCGCGCGCAGCCCGCUCGAGUUCUCGCCCCAUUACCAAGCCACCUACCCCAGCUACAACAACAACCAGUACUGGUUCCAGCACCAGCACUCCGGCGACGUCGCCCACCAGCAGCAGUACCAGUGGUCGCAAAACUACUACCCUGUCAAGGUUGAAUACUCAAACUAUUCCUCGAAGGCCAGGCGUUGCAUUAAAUGCCAGUGUCCGAACUGCGUGAACGAGGAGGUGGGGCUCAAGAAACCCUCCUCGAAGAAGGUCCACGUGUGCCAUUAUCAAGGCUGUGAUAAGGUUUACGGCAAAACCUCGCAUCUCCAGGCCCACUUGAGGUGGCACACGGGCGAGAGACCGUUCGUUUGCAAUUGGCUGUUUUGUGGUAAAAGAUUCACACGUUCCGAUGAAUUGCAAAGACACUUGAGGACACAUACGGGGGAAAAGCGCUUCGCUUGCAAUGUUUGCACUAAGAGGUUCAUGCGAUCGGACCAUUUGGCCAAACAUGUGAAAACGCACAAGAAUAAAAAAAGCAGUGACGGGGUGAAAAGUGAGAAUGUGUGCGGGAAUGGGUUCAUUACUUUGGGGGAGCAAUAA